AUGUCUGAAACCUCUUCCAUCUCUUUCACAGAGAGGGCUUAUAAUCAUCUCUGUAUCUCCGAUGUUUCUCUCGCCUUGUUGGGACUGUUUGUUUUCUGUUGCUUGCGUGAGAAGGUAACAAAGAAGCAGGGACCAAUGAUAUGGCCAGUGUUUGGAGUCACUCUAGAGUUCUUCUCUAACAGGAAAGAUGUCUAUGGUUGGGUCACAAGGUGGAUGAAAACAUGCCGAGGUACAUUUACUUACCGCGGAAUCUGGCUCGGUGGUUCUUAUGGAGCUGUGACUUGUGUUCCUGCAAACGUCGAGUACAUGCUCAAGACUAACUUCAAGAACUUCCCCAAAGGUUCCUUCUAUAAAGACAGGUUCAGCGAUCUCCUCGAGGAUGGUAUCUUUAACGCUGAUGCUGAAUCUUGGAAGGAGCAGAGACGGAUCAUCAUAACCGAAAUGCAUUCAACUAGGUUUGUGGAGCAUUCCUUUCAGACGACACAGGAUUUGGUGAGAGAGAAGUUGUUGAAAGUGAUGGAGAGUUUCGCAAGGUCACAAGAGGCUUUUGACCUCCAAGAUGUUCUCUUACGCUUGACGUUCGACAACAUCUGCAUCGCCGGUCUAGGUGCUGAUCCAGGAACUCUGGCUUCUGAUCUUCCUCUUGUUCCAUUUGCUCAAGCUUUCGAAGAAGCAACAGAAUCUACUCUGUUUAGAUUCAUGAUUCCUCCGUUUAUAUGGAAACCGAUGAGGUUCUUGGAUAUUGGUUAUGAGAAAGGUCUCAGGAAAGCUGUUGAGGUCGUCCAUGAGUUUGUCGACAAGAUGGUUGUGGAUCGUAUGUGCAAGCUCAAGGAAGGAGAAACGUUAGGAAACAGAUCCGAUGUCCUCUCGAGAAUCAUUGAGAUAGAGAGUCACAAGAAGAGCGAUGAAAAAGAUCCUUCCACCAUCAGAUUCUUCAGACAGUUCUGCACAAGCUUCAUCUUAGCAGGGAGAGACACAAGUUCUGUUGCACUCUCAUGGUUCUUCUGGGUGAUACAGAAACAUCCAGAAGUUGAAAACAAAAUCCUCAGUGAGGUCAGAGCAAUCUUGAGACAGAGAGUGGAUCACAAAACCAGCAAGAACGAGAGUCUCUUCACUGUCAAAGAACUAAACGACAUGGUUUAUCUACAAGCAGCACUUUCAGAAACUAUGAGGCUUUACCCUCCAAUCCCAAUGGAGAUGAAACAAGCCACUGAAGACGAUGUGUUUCCAGAUGGGACUUACCUAAGUAAAGGCUCAAGGGUUUACUUUGCGAUUUACGCCAUGGGAAGGAUGGAAUCUAUCUGGGGGAAAGACUGUGAAUCUUUCAAGCCAGAGAGAUGGAUCCACUCAGGGCAGUUUGUGAACGACGAACAAUUCAAAUACGUUGUGUUCAAUGCUGGUCCGAGGCUGUGUUUAGGGAAGACAUUUGCUUACCUUCAGAUGAAGACAGUUGCUGCUUCAGUGUUGUUGAGAUACUCAGUCAAGGUUGCUCAAGAUCAUGUCGUUGUCCCUAGAGUUACAACGACCUUGUACAUGAAACACGGUCUAAAGGUUAACAUCUCGCCAAGGUCGCUGCAAGAGAAGAUACUCCACAUAUGA